AUGCUGGACAAGCAGCUGUACUUCAGCCUGACCCGGCGACGGCGGUUCAAGCGACUCGAUCUCUACAGCAAGCGACAGCGCACUGUCCACGAGAUGUGCAAGCGAGUCAUCGACCAGGCACCAAGGGAGACCGAAGUGGUGAUUGCCUUUGGGAAUGCAUCCUGGAAACAGGGGAAGGAAUACGCAUCCAGUCCCAGGAGACUCAGGUUCGCCAAGUACUUUGAGCAAUUCCACCACCACCAGAGACGCCCACCAGACCGAUCCGUCUCCAAGAUCCAUGUGUGCUCGGUGAACGAGUUCAACACGUCCCAGCUGUGCAAGCUGCCAUACGCUGUGGGAUCGAGACAUCAAUGCCUCAAGGAAUAUGAUCUCGAGAUUGCCAACGAAGACAGGAGUGCAAUGCCACGGCCUACCCGCUGGGCCUACAAGUCAGUCAGCGGGCUUCAGACAUCUGAAGCCAGGAAGGAACUGCCCCGUUUCUUUCUGGAUAGACUGUAA